ACCUCGUAUUUUGGGUUUGGGCAGCAUGCAGCUUUUCAUCAUACCCCGCAUAAUCGACAGGCUCUUUCUCCACGAACCACAGCCGUCCAUUCGCCCUACUCGCCUCCUGUGCAUAAUCGCCGCAGCAAACACCUUCAUAUCAAUGCAUGGUUGAUCUUCAAGUAUUGGAGAACAGCCUGAGGUGAACACUGAUCCGCCGUCGAGUUCAGAAUGAUCAUGCGCUGAUCUCUCUGCUGGCAUCAUGCUCAUCUACACGAGAACCGCCGCUCCAAAGCCACCAAAGAGAAGAUCAAGAGCUGGAUGUAUACACUGCAAAGAAAAGAAGAAGAAAUGCAACGAACAACGUCCCCAAUGCGAUCGAUGUGCGGAACGAAGUCUGAAAUGCGAAUAUGAACCCGUCAAACCACGAAAACGAAGACGGACAUCUUUCGCAGGUUCUGCUCUCUCUCACGAGACCGAAUCCUCUGCAUUUUACAACGACCGAUGGCCAGGAAGAUUCUUCGAACGGGAUCGGGAUGACAACGAGGGUACACAUAAAUGGGGGAAGGGUUCGCGAUUCCAAUACCCCGAGUCCGACGCGUCGAUAGAAUGGGAGGCACCGUAUGGAAACGGCAGUGAUGUGGAGGAAAUUAUACGGACAGAGCCACUGGACCCAAGCCCCUCCUCUGCUCCUAUUCGUUCUCGCAGCCAAUACCCAGAUCUUGCAAUGAUCGCGCCUUCCCCAGUUGCAUCCCCACUCUUGGAAUUCUGCUCGCCGGUUUUCCAGGAGUUUACGGAGAGGAGAAAUCGAAGAGCACUGGUGGAUCAUUUCUGCAAUGUUUUGUCACACCUGAUCGUCUUUAAGGAAGACACGGGAAACCCCUUCAGGCAGUUGGUGUUACCGCUGUCGCAUGCCAGCUCGCCAGUCAUGAACGCGAUAUUUGCCCUGUCGAGUGCUCAUCUUGAGUACAGAGGAAUUGAGAACGAGGAGAAAUCACUCGAUUUUCAUAAUCGAGCAUUGCAGGGACUUGCUCAGCUCAUAGAACAAAAUCAACACGCGAACCGGGAAGAGGUACUGGGAGCUAUCAUGUUGCUCGUGUACUACGAAGUGCUUGUCCAAAGAGGGAACUCAAACAUCGUCAACGGGCAUCUCAAAGGUGCCAUGACAAUCAUGAGGUCCGGGCCUCAAAUUGCAACGCCAACUACUCUAUUCUUAGAGCGCGCAUUCCGAUUCUACGAUGUGAUAGCAGCCCUCUCAAUGGGCACGUCCCCCAACACAAACACACAACCAACUUCGGCACCAUUCCCAGUCCCUCCAUCAUCUAAUGGUAAUAUACCAGACUCUCCACUCAACGCAGUCGACACUCUCCUCGGAUUCUCCACCGACCUUUGGCCGAUAAUCCACCGCCUAUCACACCUUCUCUCCUUCAAAACCCAACUCGAAGCCGCGGUAGCAGCAGGUCGCACAAAUGAAGCCACGGUCCUACGCACAGAGCUGGAGAACAGCUCAAUAGCGAUCGAACUCGCGCUCACUAAUUGGCAGCCUGCUCUGUCCUCGAUGCCACCUAGCCUAGAAUCAGACGAAAAUAAGGCAAUUUCAGAUUUGCAGCACGAAGAUACAAGGAUCCAAAGCAUCCUCAACAACGCCGAAGCAUACCGCCACUCCGCAUUUGUCUACCUCUACCGCACCAUCCGCACCCUCCCCCGCUCGCACAACCUGGUGCAAAAGCACGUCCGCCUCUCGCUGCAAGCAUGUUCGAACGUCGUAAAUCUGGCUGAGAAAUGUCAGGAUGGACCGAUGUCAGCCCUUUUAUGGCCAUUAUUUGUAGCAACAUGUGAAGCGAUAAAUGAAGAGGAGAGGCAGUUGGCAAUGGAAGGAUUUGGUGGGAUCGAGAGAAGGCAGGGGAUGACGAAUAUCACCAGGGCCUGGGAGGUCGUGAGAGAGGUUUGGAGGAGGGUUGAUGAGUUGGAGGAUGGGGAGGGAGAGGUGGACUGGAGGCAGAUUUCUGAGGAGAGAGGGAUUAGUAUUGUGUUUGGGUAGGUUGAGGUUUAUAUUGUGCAUAGAUGCAUGCGGAGUACACACUCUCGUCAAUUACUAUGCGGCUCUGUCGAGUGAGGCUUUAAUUUUGUGAAUCUUGAAUGCAGUCCCAGCUUCAUACAUCUCCAGUGAUAAGCCGCU